AUGUUACUAUUGAUCAUUUUUAUUAGCAUACUUAUAUAUCCAAUCGAUAAUUUAAUAAAAGGUUCACUGUCUCCGAAUACUGAAUCUGAAACAUCUGUUGAUACUACAUUACAACGCCCUCUAAAAAAAGAUGGUACAGUAGUUAAUACUGUGGAUAUAUUAAUGUCUCUUUUUCUAGGACAACCGGCUGUUAUUGAAGGACAGUUUAUAAUAGCCGAAGGCAAUUCAGAUCAUUUAUUUCGACCAUCUGAUUUUCUGAAAGAAGAAGUAGUUCAACUUGGCGAAGCUGAGACUAAAGAUACAAAAAAUGACGACAAGGUUAGUCAUUCGUAUGAUACCAUAAAUCCAUCUUUACCACAUAUUCGAAUAAUUCAAGGUCAUUUUAUUUAUUAUAAUAACGAUUCUGAUGAACACUUAUUUGAUGAAGAGGAAGAUUUUACAAAACAUGAUACUAUCUUAAACUGA